AUGAUUCAAUAUCCAGGACCACAAUCCUCGGGACUCGGUCAAGUGGUUGCCCCAAACGACCUAAAGAAUCUGCUCAAGGCCCAAAAUCAUGUGGGUGGUCUACUCUACAUGGCAGGACGAAUGCCAGCCCUACCACACCUCCUCCAGCCCCAGACUAGGAUGAUACGCGGUCGCGUGCAGCGCGUCUCACUCACCGCGCAUGCGGAUGUCGAGUCUUGUUACAGGGAGGAGCUCGAGUCCAUAUUCUGCUGGGAGAUCUUCGACCCCUCCCGCCGCCCGGAGCUCGAGUCUUACCCCGCUUGA